ACUAGUUCCGCUCUUCGUAUUGGGCGAAUCAGUUCGUUUUUGUUGAACCACAAGAAAGCAAGUUAAAAUUGCAUUUUGCAGGAAAGGAAUCUGGAUUUCCCUAACUUGUCAUGGUCGUUGCGCUGCUGUAGACAUUGACCAAUUCCCCUUCUUAUAGGGAAUUCAAUUAAGUUUAAAUUAGAUGAACGCAAAUAGCAACGGUGGCGGAGGCGGAGGAGUUGGGAUAGGAAACCCUGCUGCUGCUGCUGGUGGUCUUGGUGGAGGUGUUGGUGCUGGUGCUGGUGCAGGUGCAGAUGCAGGUGUUGGUGGAGCUGCAGCUGGAGGUGGAGCAGGAGCAGGAGCUGGAGCUGGAGCCGGUUUUCUAGGCGUAUUGGCUGAUGCUGUGAUAUUGGGUGGCGGACCAGCCGAUGGCGACAAUGCUGGAAAUGCAGCAACAACCAAUGGCCCAGGCGAGGGCAUUUCACUAACAGAGCUCAACGAUGAUCAGGAUGCGAAAAGACGCAAAUGCCUAGAAUCGGAUGAAACGCAGGAUGGUGCGAGCACUAUGAUCGAUGCCAACAGUGUGCUAAAUAAAAUUGCCCAUCUCUAUGCCGAGCAAUUGAUGUCGGACAUUGUGCUCCUGGUCGAUGGCAAAGAGUAUCCAGCCCAUCGAGUUAUACUGUGCGCCAGCAGUGAUGUAUUCCAUGUGAUGCUAAUGAAUCCAGAAUGGAAUGAGUGCAGCAAGCAUGUUAUCGAGCUGCAUGAGGAGUCUUGCUGCUCAGCCGUAUUCCCGCAGUUCAUCAAAUAUCUCUAUGUUGGACACAUUGAGGUGACACUGCAGACAGUGAUGCCCAUGCUGGCGCUAUCCGACAAGUACAAUGUGCGAGAUUUAAUUGAUCUCUGUGUGGGCUAUAUGAUGAAGCAUGUGGCCAAGGCGGCCACCAGUGGCUAUUUGGUCUCUUGGCUGCAAUACACACUCUCCUUUACGCCCACGCACAACGAUCUCACCGAGACACUGAAACGAUUCCUCAAAUGGAAUCUAGAGACGGUGGCCGAAUCGAAGGACUUUGUAGAAAUGGAUCCGGCCAUAAUGCAGCUAUUGCUGCAACAAAACGACAUUGUUGUUACCAGCGAGUACAAAUUGUUUACGAUAUUGCAAACGUGGCUGCUGCCCAGGCACGAUCAGAUUGGUUUCAUGGAACUAAUCGAGCAGACUGUUAUUCACAUACGUUUCGGCAUGAUGACACCGACCGAGGUGGCCCAUCUGCUGAUUGAGCCGCUGAUUGAGUAUCAUAAGGAAUUUCUUGUUAACCGCAUUGCGAUCGGCAUGAGCUAUCAGUCCGGCCAGGAGGAUCGUGUCCGGGAAGUUCGUCAUUCGGAAUAUGGCGAAUUGCAAUUCACGCCACGUCUCUACUGGAAUGAUACAUGGAGUGUUGGCAUCGAUGUGCAUAAUUUUGACGAGAUUGAGGACUAUAAGAACUAUGUGACCUGUUUCUUUUCCCAGCGUCACAUUGCCGAGACUGAAGAUGAACCUUCAAUGACCUGGGAAAUUGAAUUUUUUCCACGAGGUGUUAGAUACAAUAAGGCCAAAAUGGUUUGGGGUGAGGAUGUGCCCGGCUGUUUGCUCAAUACGGUACGCUUGCGUGUCACCUGCAAGAAGCAUCAUAUCGGCGAGGAGCGUUUUAAGAUUGCCGUUCUGAUUGUGGGCGUGCAAAAUAAAAUAACGCAUAUACGGACCGUGGUGGAGCGCACUGAAUAUUUUACGGAUAUUGAUCGGGUUAUCAAUAUCGAUAACUUGUUACCCUAUGAGGAGCUGGAGCAUACAUCGCUCUAUCUUAGUCCCCAUUUGACGGGAAAUCAACGCAAUACACUCUCUCUGCAUGUUGUCAUAACGCCCAUGGGCAAGCACACCUGCCGCGACACACCGCCAUUUCAAUUCUAAUCAAAUCCAUUAAACCUAAAAAUCCGAAUCUAAUCAAA